AUGGCCGCAAACAAAGAAUUCGCUCUCCUCUGCUUGGAGAAUCCUCUUCUUGACAUUCAAGCUCAAGGAGACGAAAAUCUGCUCAAGAAGUAUGGUCUUAAGAGCAACGACGCCAUCCUCGCCUCCCCAGAACACAUCCCAAUCUAUGAAGAUCUCCUGAACAACUAUUCUGCAAUCCUUAUUGCUGGAGGCGGUGCCCAGAACACGGCUCGUGGAGCACAAUACAUGCUUCCACCAAACUCGGUUGUUUAUCUCGGUGGUGUUGGUGACGACAAAUACGCAGCCAUCCUCCAUGACGCCGUGAAAAAGGCCGGCUUACGUGUUGAAUACAGAGUUGACCCGAAGGAGCCCACAGGACGAUGUGGAGUUGUCAUCACUGGCCAUGACAGAAGUAUGGUCACUGAUCUCGCCGCAGCGAAUCACUAUGACUUGGACCAUCUGAAGAGCCCGGAGGUAUGGAAGCUGGUAGAGGGUGCAGAAGUUUACUUCGUUGGUGGCUAUCAUUUGACUGUCUGUCCACCAGCGGCCAUGGCCCUCGCUGAAGAGGCUGCAAAGAACAACAAGACUUUCGUGUUCUCUUUGAGCGCACCUUUCAUCCCUCAAUUCUUCAAGGAUCCAUUAGAUGCUACAGCACCUUAUUGGGACUAUGUCAUUGGCAAUGAAACUGAGGCCCUGAGCUAUGCCGAAAGCCACGGACUGGGCACUAAGGAUAUCAAGGAGAUUGCCAAAGCUUUGGCCGCGCUGCCAAAAGCAAAUGGUAAACGUGACAGAGUAGCUAUAAUUACACAGGGCACCGAGCCCACCAUUGUUGCUACUAAGGGGGAGAUCAGUGAGUACAAGGUUCACGCCAUCGACGCUAGCCAGAUCAACGACACCACAGGCGCCGGAGAUGCAUUCGCCGCUGGUUUCACCGCUGGUCUUGUUGCUGGAAAAUCCCUAGCACAAUGUGUUGAUCAAGGUCAAUGGUUGGCUAAGCUUAGCAUUCAGGAAUUGGGUCCUUCGUAA